AUGUUCCGAACCGCUCUCAAGUCUUCCACCGGCGUUCUCGCCCAGGCCUCGGCCAGGACCUCGGUGCCUUUUGCCGUCAGGGCCGCCUCCAACUUGGCUGGUAGCCCCGUCACCGGUGCUGGCAGGGACAAUGUCCCGACCAAGUACGGUGGUACCUACACCGUCACUCUCAUUCCCGGAGACGGUAUCGGAGCCGAAGUCGCCGACUCGGUCAAGGAGAUCUUUACCUCGCUCAACGUCCCCGUCGAGUGGGAACAGUACAACGUCUCGGGCGAGACCCACGGCGACGAGGCCGAGUUCAAGCGAGCCAUGGAGUCCCUCAAGCGUAACAAGGUCGGACUCAAGGGAAUCCUCUACACCCCGAUCGAUGGACACAACUCGUGGAACGUCGCCAUGCGUCAAUCCCUCGACAUUUACGCCAACGUCGUCGUCUGCAAGACCUUGGACGGUGUCCCCACCCGACACGAUGGAGUCGACUUUGCCAUCAUCCGAGAAAACACCGAGGGAGAGUACGCCGGGUUAGAGCACCAGAGUUACCCGGGAGUGGUGGAGAACUUGAAGGUCAUGACCCGGGUCAAGGCCGAGAGGAUCGCCAGGUUCGCGUUCGACUAUGCGCUCAAGAACGGCAGGAAGAAGGUCACUUGUGUCCACAAGGCCAACAUUAUGAAGCUCGGAGACGGUCUCUUCCUCAACACUUGUACCGAGGUUGCCAAGGAGUACGCUGCCAGCGGAAUUGCUUUCGACUCGAUGAUCGUCGACAACACCUCGAUGCAGAUGGUCUCGAAGCCCCAGCAGUUCGACACCAUCGUCUGCCCCAACUUGUACGGUAACAUCUUGUCAAACAUCGGAGCCGCCCUCGUCGGUGGACCUGGUAUCGUUCCCGGUGCCUCGUUGGGACGAGAGAUUGCCUUGUUCGAGCCCGGGUGUCGACACGUCGCUGCCGACAUUGCCGGCAAGAACGUCGCCAACCCUUCCGCCAUGAUCCUCUCUUCGAGCAUGUUGCUGCGACACCUCGGUCUGAACAAGCAGGCCAACUCGAUCGCCUCGGCCGUCUACAAGGUCAUCAAGGAUGGCAAGUUCAAGACGAGGGACAUCAAGGGAACCACCUCGACCACGGAUUUCACCAAGGCCAUCAUCGAGCAGCUCUAA